CGCACACAGAGACAGACUUAGCAGUCACCCAAUCUCUCCCUCCCUCUAUCUCUAGAAACCGCUCUCCGUUUCUCUCUCUUCACUUCCAUAAUCUGAUGGCCAUGUCCCGGUUUUUAUCCCAAUCCCUAUCCCGCGCUUCUCUCCGCCCGCCAACAGCCCUAAUCAGCCACCACCGCCACCGUUCCAACAAAACUCACCAAGCCCAGCUCAUCGAGGUGGACCUCGACGCUGCGUCUUCAUCGCAGCCCGAUUCGACGGAGGCCUCCGCUGAGGUCAUCACUGUCGGCAUCAAGAAGCUCGAGGAAGCCAUCCAUAGCAUCAUCGUACGCCGCGCAGCUCCCGAUUGGCUCCCCUUCCUUCCGGGAUACUCCUACUGGGUCCCACCACGCGCUACAUCAAUGCGCAACCACCCCGCAGGCAGCAUGAUUGAGGUAAUCGGGAAGUUAACUGCUUCUGGUACGACGAGGAAUCGGCGGAUACAGAACGACUUGUUGUCGGAGGAUGAACAGAUGUCCCUUACGUCUGCAAAAGGCUGGCCUUCCUCCGCUGUUUUCAUUGAAGGUACGUCACCCAUACAUCCAAUUCCAAUGGUGGAAAUGGAGGUGAAAAUUCAAGAUAAUGAAGACACUGCAGAUGAUACAUCUAACUCUGAGGAUGAGGAAGGUUGAACCUCAACCUCAGUUAUAAAAUGGAGUGACGACCCUUGUAGAUAUCCAAAGCAUGGCAAAGGUAGAAGGAGUAACUGAACAUCGAGGGCAAAAAAGAGCCACUGAGCAAGCCGAUAAAUGUAUCAUAUGGAUCGUUGGUGGAACUUGAUAUGAAGUUCAUUUCAUGUGGUUCACUUAAACAUGUUUGCUCGGCAUCUUAUUCUGCCUGACCAAAGAAUGUAUAUUCUGAGAUUAUGUUGUUUUAGUCAUAGUUGUAGUUUCUCUCGCUCUCAAAUAAUCAAUAAGCUGAGAUAGUAAUUUAUACGCUAUUUUUUCUUACUGAUGGUCGAAUCUUCCGCGUGAUUUAAUGUAUUCUGGGUGAUAGCACAGAACAAAGCUGGAAUGCCCAGAUAGAAUACAAACGAGUCCAUUCAGAAAUC